AAAAAGAGUUCGAAACUUGAAAAUUUUAUAAACUUGACUUUAUAUAGAUCACUGGGUUUCUUGUCCAUGUACUGGAUAAUCACAGCAUAGGAAUGUCUCAGAGCUAUUCUCGAUCCCGGAGAGCUCGUUCGGGUCGUCAUAUUGAACCUGAUAACACGAUGAGUGAUACAGACACUGACUUGAACAAUACUAGUGCUGAUGUAGACUCUUCUUCAACAUUCUUGAUGUCCUCUUCAUUAUCUACAACCAAUGCAGAUAGCGAUGCCGAGAAUAGAGUCACAAAACAAAUGAUAGAGAAAAAGCAAUUGAUGCACGAUUUAGAGCUGCUGAAAAUUGAAUUAAGUCAGAAAAACCUCAUGAUUGACAAUUUGAAGGCUGAGCAUAUGAACCGAGUUGAYGACCUAGAAGAAAAAGUUUCAGAAAAUAGACAUGCUAAGCUCAUGCUUCAGGCGAGGCUCGAAUCUCAGUUAAAAUUACAACAAGAGGAGUCUCAAACAAAACUUGAACGGAUGAGACAAGAAAUAAAUGCUAUAAUGACUAGGCAGCAUCAGCUUGAAGAGGAGAAUGAAAGACUACAGGAAAAAGCAGGGGAUUUAAGAAAGGGCUUGGAUAACUUGAAUGUUUUACCUGGAGAAAAAUACCUUGAACUGAAAUCCACCGACCAGGAYCAGAUCAGUUUGAAAGAUUUUGUUUUGGUCAAGAUCUAUGAAGCUGCAAACCCUUACAAACUGGAGUGUGAAAGUUUACAUCAACAGGUUGAUGUUCUUACAAGACAGCUACAAAGCAAUGAAGAAGAUGUUGCUACCUAUCAAAAAGAAGCAGAGCAGGARAGGCUAUCAAGAUCAGAGCUUGAGUACAGAGCCCAGAGACUAAGCCUUCAGGUAGAUGAGCUGAAGUCAAGACUUGAGCAAGGAGAUUACAAGAAAUCUAACUUUGAUAAUGUAUUAGGGGAGAGGGACUCGUUGGAUAGGGAAGUAAUGGAGAUGAAGAAAUCUAACACAGUUCUUGAAGCAAGUCUGAAAUCAAAAAUAGAUGAGUUACACGAAUACCAUAAGGAAAUGCAGGCUACAAAGCAGUCAUUAGCAUUACUAAAGCAAGACAAGGAGUACCUCAAUAAACAUGUCCAGGAGCUUAGCACCAGAUAUAACAUAAUGGAAGACCAACUAGAACAAACAACAAAUCAGCUGAAUGUUGCUAAACAAGCAAGAGAAGAGCUGUAUGAAAAAUACAUUACUAUAAGGGAGCAAUAUAAAUCAGAAUACGAAGUCAAGUUAAAAGAAGAACUUAGCAACAUCAGUAUGAAAACAAAUGCAGAACUUGAAAAGAUUCGAAAUGACACAAAAGAAAUGUAUGAAAGGGAAAACAGAAGCCUGAGGGAAGCAAGGGACAACGCGCUCAGUGAAAAAGAGAGAGCCAAGAAUGCCGAGAGGGAAGCUACUGCCAGAUAUGAUCAACUAUUGCCGGAAUUUCGUCAACUGCAAGUAAGUGCAGAUAGCAAGCAGUCAGAGCUUCAAAAUGAUUUAAAGCUGAAGCAGUUUGAAGUGGACCGACUUCAGAUUGUUCUAGAUGAGACUUCCAAGAACUUAAAUCAAACAAAACUGGAUUAUGAAAAGUGCAACAAAAAGAAUGAGGUUCUGAGCAAAGAAUUCUACGCUCUACAAAACACCAGCGAUAAACGAGUUACCUCAUCUGAAGCAGAAGUGAAAGAGCURAAAGAAAAAUUACAUGUGUACGAAAAAUUGGAACAAGAACUAGAUGAUGUGAUAAUGCAAGCUGCUGAAAUUGACAAUGAAGUUGAAGCAGAAAGAGUUCUUUUCGCUUAUGGAUACGGUGCAAAUGUACCAAGCACAACCAAAAGAAGAAUGCAACAGAGCGUACAUCUUGCAAGACGAGUGCUGCAACUCGAGCGAGCAAAUACUUCUCUUAGAAAUGAACUGGACAGAGAGUCCCAAAAGAAAGAUCAGCUCGCUGAAGAGCUCCAUAGUGCAACGUCAUUACUGAAUGAAGCACAGCAACCUUAUAACUAUUUAAUAGAAAGCAUCAAGACUCGCGAUGACCAAAAUCAAUCCCUUGAAAAGCAGCUUUCACUUCUCCAAGAUGAUUACAGAAAAUUGAAGCAACAGAAUGAAGAACUGAAUAGAACGAAAAAUGGCAUGGCAGCGGAUUUAGAACGUUUACUCAACCAGAGAGAAGAGAUGUCAGUCAUAAAGCAAGUCGUUCUUGGUUUAAAUCCUUCCCAAACAACACGUACUUCUACUUCUGUUCAUGGCCCGUUCAGUAGAGAUAGAACUUCAGCUCAGUCUUCAGAUAUUCAUGUCACUGCUCCAAAACCUACUAUUUUUACAAAACAAGAGCCUCCAUCAUGGUAUAGGAAGCUGAAACAACAGAACACCAACAGUAAAGCAAGGUGAAAGACAUCGAUGCGGCUAUAUUGGAAAUUGUAUCAUAGGAUGAAAAUUGAUGAUUUGUCUAUACUAUUUUCUAGAACUUUGAAAAUAAACAAACUAAUAUAUUCUAUCGAACGAUUUUUUUAUAGCAAAAAAAUACUUGCUUAUAAAAGUAGGAUUUACGUAACUUAAACAAAUAGUGAUUUUCAUUGCAUAGUAGAAUUUUUUCGUCCCUUUUCUUUUUUUAAGAAAGGAAGAAAAUCUAAAUGUAAUU